UCAAAAUAUUUCCUUAUAGUUUGAGAUUUGGGUCUUUCCAAUCCCUCUCUCCCUCGCCGUCUCGAGCGACCCCUUUGGUUUCUCUGCUCGCAGGUCGAUCUCUCUACCUGUUCUUUCACUUCAAGAUCGCCCCUUUCGCUCUUGUGAGGGUUUGUUGAGAUCCGAUCGGUGAGGCAAAAAUGUUUGGAAGGCCCAAGAAGAGCGACAACACCAAAUACUAUGAGAUUCUCGGAGUCUCGAAGAAUGCGUCGCAAGACGACCUAAAGAAGGCUUAUAGAAAAGCCGCUAUCAAGAACCAUCCUGAUAAGGGUGGUGACCCCGAAAAAUUCAAGGAAUUAGCACAAGCCUAUGAGGUACUGAGUGAUCCAGAGAAACGUGAGAUAUAUGACCAAUAUGGCGAGGAUGCCCUCAAGGAAGGAAUGGGUGGUGGCGGUGGUCAUGAUCCAUUUGACAUAUUCCAGUCUUUCUUUGGUGGAAGCCCAUUUGGUGGUGGUGGAAGCAGCAGAGGACGAAGGCAAAGAAGGGGAGAGGAUGUUAUCCAUCCCCUCAAGGUCUCCUUGGAAGAUCUCUACAAUGGGACUUCAAAGAAGCUCUCUCUUUCACGCAACGUAAUUUGCUCAAAGUGCAAGGGCAAGGGCUCGAAAUCUGGUGCUUCAAUGAAUUGCCCUGGCUGUCAAGGAUCUGGUAUGAAAGUUUCCAUCAGACACCUCGGCCCCUCUAUGAUACAACAAAUGCAGCAUCCUUGUAAUGAAUGCAAAGGAACUGGUGAGACGAUCAAUGAUAAAGAUCGUUGCUCACAGUGCAAGGGUGAAAAGGUUGUUCAGGAGAAGAAAGUUUUGGAAGUAGUUGUUGAGAAGGGUAUGCAAAAUGGACAAAAGAUUACAUUUCCUGGUGAAGCAGAUGAAGCGCCCGACACUCUUACUGGGGAUAUCGUAUUUGUGCUACAACAAAAAGAGCACCCGAAGUUUAAGAGAAAGGGUGAUGACCUCUUCGUGGAGCAUACCUUGUCUCUGGUCGAGUCCCUUUGCGGUUUCCAGUUUAUUCUAACUCAUUUAGACGGCCGCCAGCUACUCAUCAAAUCCCUUCCUGGCGAAGUAGUAAAGCCCGAUCAAUUCAAGGCCGUAAAUGAUGAGGGUAUGCCAAUGUACCAGAGGCCAUUCAUGAAGGGUAAACUUUACAUCCACUUCAGUGUGGAGUUCCCAGACUCGUUGAACUCUGAACAGUGCAAGGCGCUGGAGGGGGUGCUACCACCGAGGUCUUCUAUGCAGCUCUCAGACAUGGAGUUGGAUGAAUGUGAAGAGACCACUCUCCACGACGUCAACAUCGAAGAGGAGAUGCGCAGGAAGCAAGUACAAGAGGCUUACGACGAAGACGAUGAUAUGCCCGGCGGUGCCCAGAGAGUUCAGUGCGCUCAACAAUGAUUUUGAAUGGGACUCGACAGACAGCUACAGCAAAAUUUUGGGAGACCCCAAAUGGAGGAAAGGGAUCCAGCAGCUCCAGGCAGUCAUGUCCAAUUUUUCUCAAAAAUAAAUAGAUGACUUUGAUUAUAUUAAUUUAGUCGGGGUGGUAGGAUAACGAAGUAAGUAUCCGGGUUUAUGUUUUUGUUCUCCUUACUAUGUGCUUUCUAGCUUACAUUGAACUCAAAGAUUAUGUAUUGCAUUUGCAGAUAAAAUAGGAUUGGAUUGGAUUGGGAAUCA